CUCGUCACCGCCUGUCUGUGUCAUCACUUUCUUCUCUUUCCCUAGCUCACUCCAACUUUGUUCACUCUUGUGCGUUCUCUCUCUCUCUCUCUCUCUCUCUCUCUCUCUCUCAACGAAAAACAGGCACAGGUUAGCUGCUGCAUUGGGCGAUGGAAGCCCUAACAAAUUCGUCGCCAAAGAUCUUUGUAGAAAAGUGCAAUACCGGAGUAUACGUGUCUCCGAGAACUAUUUCUAAAAGCCCAGACAUUCGUUUCUUUCGAGCACAGAAACCCGUUAAUGUUGAUUUCUCACUUUCGAUUCCUCUGCAAUUUAAGGCAAUUCAGUCUCUUGCAUCCUCAUGUUUCUCAUCGGAAGCACAGGCAAGCUGGGAGCCUGCAGAUGAUGAGACUCAAGCAAGUCAGUCAAAGACUGUUCAUGUGAAAUUCCAAUUACAAAAGGAGUGUAUAUUUGGUCAGCAGUUCCUCCUUGUUGGCGAUGAUCCCAUCUUUGGUUUGUGGGAUCCUUCAAAUGCUAUACCACUGGAAUGGUCAGAUGGACAUAUUUGGACAGUUGAGCUGGAUCUACCUGUUGGAAAGUCUGUACAAUUCAAGUUUAUUCUUGAAGGAACCGAUGGAGAGGUUGUGUGGCAACCAGGCGCAGACCGGCUUGUGCAGACUUGGGAAACUAAGAACACUAUCAUUGUUUCAGAAGAUUGGGAAAAUCCUGAAAUUCAAAAAGUAAUAGAGGAGCCAAUGAUUAACCCAAGCAUGGAACCAGCUGCUACAAAAGACUUGCCUUGUCCAAAUGUUGAAGGGGUGGACAGUGUAUGUGAGGGAUUGAUUGUUGCAGAGAACAUUUCUUGUCCAAAGGAGGAACCUAUGGGUAGUGCAAGCAGGGAAUUGGUUACUUCAGAGUAUACUAAUCCAAAUGAAGAUCCUGUAGUUAAUGUAUAUAAUACAUUAGUUGUUGCAGAGAAUAUUACUUUUCCAGAAGAGUACACAGCUGAUUUUGACAAGGGAGUACAAACCACAGAGAAAAUUACUCCUUCACAGCAAGAAAGCAUUUCAAGUGCAGACAAGGAACUCAUCAUUGCCCAGAGCAUACCUCAAAGUAAUGAGGGAUUUAUGCUUUCGAAAGAUGAGAACCAAGGUAUCUAUGGAGGAGGUACUGUUCUGGUACCUGGAUUGACUCCAUUACCAACAAUGACAACUCAAGAUUCAUCUCCACAGAAAGUUGAGAAAGACAAUAAUACUGAUGCCCCUGUUCAACCUGUUGAAGCUGAUGACAACAGUACAACUGAGUUACCUCGGAAGCAAGAACCUGAUGAGGAUACAUGUCAGGACGAAACAAGUAUGAUGAUGAUAAGUAAUCAGCCGGAGGUAGAAGAAUUGCAUGUCGAUGGGUUUGCAGAAAAACCUCAAAUAACCAAAGAACAAGUGGAGUCCUGUUCACAGCCCACUGAUAGUGAAGACGAAGAUGAUGAUGUCUUCCAGAAUGACAUCCAAUGGGGUCGCAAAACGCUGCACAAGUUUCUAUCAAGUUUUGGUUUUCUGUAACUAUCGUAAGUCUGAACUGUGAUUGCAAAAGAAUCUCCACAUUCUGUUGACUUUGCAAACAGAACAAGAAAAUGGAGUAAUACUUAAGUGGCUAUCUGUAAAUAUUUAAUCCUUAAUCACGGUGGAUUGUAUUUUUCUUCUUCUUCUUCUUCCUUCUUCCUUUUUUUUCUCCUGUAGGUUGUUGUGUGGCAUUCUUUCAGACACCAGAUUUGGCAGUGUCCUUUACCUUGUUCUUUUUUAUGGUAAGUCUCCCUUACCAUGUUCUUUUGUAUGGUAAUCAUUGACAAUAUCUGUAUAUUGCAUGAUAUUUUUUCACAAGUGAAUAGAAGUGAGCUAGUUGAUUUUGUUACCA